UAUUAAUAAUUUGUCUCUCUUCUCUGUGUACUAAUUUAAGACUGUUCCCUGGAUGGAAUGUAACUAUUAAGAUGAAGAGAAACUGCUGGGAGAUGAGGAUACAGGGUGAUGUAUCAGAUCUAAAGACCAAACAACAUAGAUGUUUACUUCAGUUGAAAAAGAACUUACAGAUCACCCUGUCCCAUCUUCCACCCAAAUGCGAAACCUUUUUAUAUAUGGAAUAAAGGCUGUUUGUGUUAAAAUAUCAGUAUUCAUUUAUCAUACCAAAUAUAUACUGAGAAAUGGGAGAAAUCCUCUGAAAAUAUUUUUAACAGGAAAGAAACAUGAAGAAGAAAAAACAUGAUGCCAUUGUUUAUGAACCUAAAGAACUUCUGAAUCCCUCUCCCAAUGUAACAAAUUGUUGCAAAUCACUGUGGGUGAAAUACAGUUUUCAGAAUGUUUACAUGACCCAACUUGUCAGCUCCCAGCCAGUUUCAGCCAUGUCAAGGAACCCAGAUCACAAUCCACCUUCUCAGCCCAAGGAGGAUAGUAUUGGCCAGAGCCAUCACCAGGAGGAAAUAAUUCAGAAGUUGGCCGUGCAGCUGAGAAACACUGGGGACAGCAUUGAGCAGAGAAUGGUGCGAGAGAACUUUCAGCAAGAAGGCGGAGAUAUCCUGGCUCACUAUGUCUUCGUUUUCUUUGGAGGAGUUCACAUGCUGCUGCGCUUUCUCUGGAACAACCAUUUGAUGUAGAAGGGAUGUAAACAGCAGGCUCUGCUUUCCUUCUCCCUUCUGAGAAAACAUGAAUCCCACCGGGGCAGAUGCAAAGAAGACCCUUCUACUCCUCCUCUCUGUUUCACCCAUUGUUGCUUUUGUCUGGUUUGUUGAAGAACUGCGGACCCACUGGCCAUUUGUCUGUUGUUGUCUGGCCAACCAGCAAUGAGACGUCUGUGAUGGUCUCAUGGUGGAGCCCAAGGAACUUAGGAACCCAGGAGGCCUUACUGCUUAGGAAACACCAGAGCUGUGGAUAGCCCCAGUGCUCCUUAUAAGGAAAUCUUGUGAGGGAGCCUCCCAUGAGUGCCUCUGAACCUCAUUCCCAAACCAGGGGUCACAGAAAUGGGUGCGUUCUCCUGGGCCCCCGCCCUGGGUGGCAGGCCCUCCAGUGACCUGUUGGCUUCAUUCUCGUUGCCUGUGUCUAGAUCUGUAGUGCCCGUCCUUUUUACCAUUCUGUCUACCUCAUAUUCCCUCCCUCCACCCUCUGAGAAGCAUGACGAGUGUUAAGAAAGUUUGUUGUUAUAAACUCUAA